GACCGGGGCUGGAGCCGGGGCCGGGGCCGGGGCCGGGGCCGGGGCCGGGGCGGGGGAGGAGCGGCGGGAGGCGGAAGUGCCACAAGAGCGGCGCGGCCGGGCGCCUCCUCGCAGACGCGCCGCGGGUGUCGGUGCCGCCGCCGCUCCGCGCCCUGCUCCGCGCCGCGGGGCACCGUCUUUUCGGAGCUGACCCGCGAGCUUUGGACGCCAUGAGCAGCUACAGCGUGUCUCUGGUCGGCCCGGCUCCGUGGGGCUUCAGGCUGCAGGGCGGCAAGGACUUCAACAUGCCGCUCUCCAUCUCUCGGCUGAACGACAGUGGCAAGGCAGCCCGAGCGCACGUGGGCAUAGGCGACGUGGUUCUCACCAUCGACGGCAUAAGUACAGAUGGGAUGACUCAUCUGGAAGCGCAGAACAAGAUCAAGGCGUGUACAGGCAAUCUGAACAUGACUCUGCAAAGAGUGGCGACUGUACCAAAACCUGAUCCUGUUCCUGUACAAAAGGGAGAACCUAAAGAAGUAGUUAAGCCCGUGCCCAUUGCCUCUCCCGCCGCACCCAAAGCCGCUUCCCCGGCCACCGUGGCUUACAAUAAGACACCGAGGCCGUUCGGGGCGGCCGCUUCCUCCAAAGUCACCUCCAUCCCGUCACCGUCCUCCGCCUUCACCCCGUCACCCGCGCCCCCCGCGCCGGCCGCCCCGGCCCCCCGCGCCGCACCCGGACUGCAUGUUAACGCUAACGCUGAGCCGCCGGCGCCCGCCCCCGGCGCCGCUAGAGCUGCCGCUAACGUCCCGCGGCAGCCCGCCGCGUGGGCCGGCGACCCGGCCCCGGAGGUGGCGGAGGGGCCGCGACGAGGACUCAGAGACACCCAGGGGGACAGUAAACUGCCAAAUGGUCCGCCGCGGAAGCACAUCGUGGAUACCUAUACUGAGUUUUACCACACCCCUACUCACAGCGAUGCCAGCAAGAAGCGGCUGAUCGAAGACACUGAGGACUGGCACCCCCGGACAGGGACCACCCAGUCGCGCUCUUUCCGCAUCCUUGCCCAAAUCACCGGCACCGAUCGUAUGAAAGAACCAGAAACUGAAGCUGCAAAGAAGACUAAGGAAAGCCAAACAGAGAAUGGAGACCUCAGCAUACCUGCAGAUCUGCCUAAUGGAACAGGAGCCGAGGAGCCCUCUAUUAAUCUGAAUAAAACCUCUGUAGCUACUCAGACUUUGGGGAUGCCGCCUGUAUCAGAAUCGCCGUCAACGCCUUUACCACCUGCAAGACCGGAGGAGCCUGCUGCAGCUGUUUCGCCCGUAGCGAUAUCCUCACCCGUCAGUGCUCCCUCUCCCAGGCUUCCUGAACACCUUGUCUCCACAGAUCCCGGGAGGGAGACAACCGCGGAGCGGGCGGCUCCCGGCGCCGACGGAGAGAGUCCCCCCUCGGCCAAGCGCUCGGUGGCCACGCAGGCUCCGGAGCCGUCCCUGCCCGCCGCUGCCGCCCCCCAGCCACCUCCGGAAGCCACCCGCCAGGAGCCUCCGGAGCCCCACAGUGAUUCCCUGGAGGUUACCCAGCCUGUUGCUUUUACGGCCGCCUCGGUGAGGAACAUGCCCGCGAGCCAAGAAAACACGGACGCAAGACCUGCCCCGGCCAACAGCACAUCUGCUGCAGCCGUCAAGCCAGCCGGACCCCAGAGCGCUGCCAAAUACUCGGGCUGGCAGCCUCCAAACCGAGCAGCCCCUGCGAGCGGCUGGACAUCGAACAGCAUCAAACCGCCGGGAACAGCCGCCCCGAGCGAGAAGCUGGCGCCGGCACCUCCGCCCGCGGAGCCGGACACGCUGGUCCAGAGGGCAGAGCAUAUUCCCGCGGGAAAGCGCACCCCGAUGUGUGCCCACUGCAAUCAAGUCAUUAGGGGGCCCUUCUUGGUGGCUUUGGGGAAGUCGUGGCACCCGGAGGAGUUCAACUGCGCCCACUGCAAGGCCUCCAUGGCCUACAUCGGGUUCGUGGAGGAGAAGGGAGCGCUGUACUGCGAGGGCUGCUACGAGAAGUUCUUCGCCCCCGAGUGCUCGCGCUGCCAGAGGAAGAUCCUGGGCGAAGUAAUAAAUGCUUUGAAACAAACUUGGCAUGUUUCCUGUUUUGUGUGUGUGGCCUGUCAUAAUCCCAUCCGCAAUAAUGUCUUCCACUUAGAAGAUGGUGAUCCCUACUGCGAGACGGAUUACUAUGCCCUCUUCGGUACCAUGUGCCACGGCUGUGAAUUCCCCAUUGAAGCUGGAGACCGGUUUCUUGAAGCCCUGGGCCACACUUGGCAUGACACGUGCUUUGUAUGCUCAGUGUGUUCUGACAGUUUGGAGGGUCAGACUUUCUUCUCCAAGAAGGACAAGCCACUGUGCAAGAAACAUGCUCACUCUGUCAACAUCUGAUGCUGGGAGCUCAUCUUGUUUAGCAAAUGUUCUGGGUGGAAAGAAAGGUUAAAAUGUCCAUGUUCGGUAAUCGGUUAGAAGUGUUUAUAUACAUUUUUCUUAAAAUGCAAGAGAAAUCUGGAAACUUUAGGGGGUUUGUACACUGAUCUUUGGAGUGUUUAUCAGUUAGGGUUUUGCUUCACAAAAAGAUCCACACACCCAAGCCAAACUGUUAGAGUGCCUUUACUUCUAUACCUGGCACAUUACUGUAUUGGUUUCAUGAUUUUAUGACCACAUUUAUAUCUGCUUCAAUAUUAGAAGGGAAACUUUUAUAAAAAUACAAACCUGAUAUUAGAAAUCUUGGUUUUGCUGCUGUUUGACAAAAAAGAAGGGGUUGAUUUCAGCUAUCCGGAUCACUUUAUUGCGCUGAUGUUUUUUUAAAGUGCAUCUAGAAGUACUGAAGAUAACUCCAUUAUUUCAUGAAAAGAGGAGCUCAAAGCAGAGAUAAGAUUAGAUGGAAUAGAGUUCAGUGACUGACAUUUUCAUCUGUCACUCGUAUUUGUCAAGCCUCCUGCACAAUUAUACCUACCUGUGCCUUUGGCAGUUGCAUCUCUGAUGGGACUGUGGAGAACUGAGAUUUUUACCAAGCUUUUCAGUGGACGAGUGGCUACUCGAGUGAACCAGAAUAAUUUAAAAGAUGCCACUCGGAAGAAAACAUAGGUAGGACACACUUCUUUAAAUCAAGGCGUAUACUACCAGACUAGUAGCCAAAAAAGUGCUAGUGAAAGUGUGCUUGACAGGAAGAAAAUGUCAGAUCAGAUCUUCAAUGUGAGGGAGUGGGGGUUUAUGUGCUUACGUUCAUGGUUCAGGUUUUAGAUAGUUGCAAGUGCCUUGCAAAGGGGAAUUUGCAUUGAUUCUGCAUGUAACAGUGUUUCAUACCCAGAAUGUGAGGCUUUGGUGUCUAAUGAGGGAAACUUCUGAAGUGCAACUGAGGACAUUGUUCUUCUCUCAGUAUAUUCUUUAGGAUGUAGCUCAUGAAUAUGUAUAUUGGCCGUUUGCCAGCUAGUGUACUGAAAACUUAUUUUCUUGCUCAGCUGUUACGAUUUUUAUUAGUUUAGUUUUUCUCUCUUUUCCUCCAGAUGUAAGGAAUAUGUUGUUGAAUAAUAUAAUAUUGAGCUAGGCAGUUCAGUAUCUCUCAGUUGUUGCGAGGGAACAGGGACAAUACUGUCAUUAUGCGUUUCUUGCAACCCAGGAGCCUUUGCCAGUUCUGUGGCUCGAUCUGAACUUCGCCUCCAUCCAGAGAGUGAGCACAAGACCUGUGCGCCAGCUCAGUCCCACUUAACCUCAGAUCAGGGCUUACGUGGUAUGUCACGGUUGUAGGCAUGGAAGGAGGAGGCGAUGGCCCUCUGCACGGGGGUGGGUUUUGCUCCGCAGGGUUGCACAGCAGAGGAGGGGGCCGCUCGGUGCCAGAUGGGAUCCCUGAUGGAAACUGAACUUUUGUGCUAUUUAAUUCAGCUGGGCUGUCAGAGCUGAGCUGUUAGUCUUCCGUGCUCUUCCCAGUAGACGCGAAAAGUGACCAUUUACUAGCGUUUUUUACUGAUGCUAUAAAGAGAUUAUUUACUGAUACGAAGGAGAGAUGUUUAUCUAUCAAAUCACUGGGAAAGUUACAAAGAAUUGGCCUACCCAUUUAUUUGUUUGCUGGGGGUCAGUAAAGCAGUUGUAACAAAAAAGUUGGAACAGAAAAAAACAAAACUGCUGUACUGAAAAAUGAAAAGAUAUUUGGUGUUCAUAUUCGUUCAGUGAGGCAGAUCAAGGUAAUGGGCUGUUUUGGUUUAUUUCCUGAAAUUGUUUUUUAAGUUGUUUUUCUUCAGUACUACCACCUUUCUCUUUCAACGUCUGGUCAUAUGGAAGAAAUAGUGUAAAGCUGUUAAAAAAUGGUUGUGCACCCUUGUAGAUGCGGGUUUGGUUGAAAAUCAGCAGGGUAGAGGCAGACUGGGCAAGAUACGGCGAUAUGAGUCAGGUUGCUUUUGAAACUGGUAGAACAGGGAGAAAUGAGACUCAGUGCUAGGUUUCAGCGGAGCUACGUUGCACAUGCACGAGGAAGGAGGAGGGGAAUGCACAGGAUAAAGUGUUCGGUGACUUUUGUAAUGCAAACCUUGCUAUUUUAACAUAGGAUGGAAACUCUUCAAUGGGCACAGCAUUUGCCUGUGUCCUUGAAAUUAAAUUGAAAUUUUGUAAUCUUAACCUUUAGUGGAAUUACACUUAUUAAUCUAUAUUCGCUAGAAUUUCAAGUUUUGCAUUUGUUAAUGAAUUUGAGGACAAAAGCCUGAAAGGCUCUGAUAGUACUGCUUCAUGUAGCUGCUUUGCCUUGUAAUUUCUGCUUUGUCUAUUUGUUUAAAAAAGGAAUCACUGAUACAUAAUGAGUAUUUAAUGGCUCUACCAAAUUAUAUAAAUGAACUAAAACGAAAAGGAACAUAAUGUUUAUCAUUAUUUUAAUCAGUGAGAUUUUAGUAGAGCACUUUAUAAUAAUGCCAUAUAUCUCACUGAAUAUUUAUUUCUUUUUUCUCGUUAGGACUGUUUCAUGCUGGUAUCUUUGUAUUUUGUUUUAUUUGUAAGCCUGCAUAUUUACCUCUGGAAUCUUUUGAGGGUGUGUGCGUGUGUAUGUGUGUGUAUUUAUAUAUACAUAUCUUCUGUAUACACAAAUACAUAUACGUGUGUGUAUAUUGAGACGUGUGUAUGUGCACAUAUACAUAUACAUGUAUUUGACUGCAGACUUGACAUAGCAGAAAUCAGCACCGUUCCAUUAUCAUUAGGGGUUUUCAUAAGAUUCCCAACUGUUUUUCCUGUGAGAGAUCUAGCAUGUUCUUGUUUUGAGGGAAUGCUAGAAAGUCUGGGGCUCAGUCCCUUCUUUCAGAAACAGAGAGACACAUCAGUAACAUUACUACUGUAGGUUUUUGCAUGCAUUUUCAGUCACUAAUUACUUUUUCUUCCAAAACUGUGCCUGUAAGAUAAUUGGGUUUAACUCUGUUUGCAGGUAGAAGGUCUUUAUAAGUGAAUAAUUGAAUCAUGAUGACAGUUUCAGUAGAUUGUAACUAAAUAAUUCAGAAUUAUGUGUAAAUAUAACAAAUGCUUAAUAUAACAAUGCAAUAAACUUAAGAGCAAAAAUUGAGUAGUGGUUCAGUAUGUGUUGCUCUGUUCAGUUGUGUACCUGUUUUUUAUGGAGCUACUUGCAUCUUCCAGUCACGAAUGGCUUUGCGAACAAGAGUAAGGAAAGGGAACUACAUCGGUUCACAGAUUAGUGAUUUGAAUAUUCAUGUUUUUCAUUUUGUUUUACUCUGAAACAAUCAUCUGUUAUUGAUAUUGCAUUGCUUGCAUUCAGAAGUCUUCGGUUUCAAGUUUUACCUGUUCACAUUUGCAAACUUAAUAAAUAAAAAAACCCACACUUUCUGUUCUCA